GCGUGAGUUGCGCUCCAAGGCAAACUGCGUGCUGGAUGGCCGCAGUGACGUCGGCGCGGUCGCCGCCCGCACGAGUAUAAAGAAGCCUUUAUGGACGAAGGCUGCUCUUCAACGCCGCCCUUGGACAAGCGUGGGAAGGUGACAGUAUCGCAGUCAGUCUUCCUGCUACCCCUCCAUGACUGGUGUCUUCAAAGGUGUCAGCAUGAGGAUCGCUGUGCUGGGAGCCACCGGGCAGACGGGCCAGUUUGUGGUGAACCAGGCACUGCAGCAAGGCCACUCUGUAACCGCCGUCGUCCGGAACCUGGACAAGCUCACCGUGCAUCAUGACAACCUCAAGAUAGUAGAGGCUGACAUCUUCUCAGCAGACAGCCUCAAGUCUCAUCUCAAGGGGGUGGAUGUGCUGGUGUCCUGCCUGGGCUUCUCUACCUCCUUCUUCUCCAGUGUGACGGGGUACACCCACUCCAUGAGCGCCGUGAUCGGAGCCAUGCGGGAGGCAAACGUCAACAGGAUCAUCACCAUGACAUCAUGGUACACAGACCCUAACUCUGGCACUCAGUCGCCAUACCUGAUCCGCUUCCUGCUGCUGCCCCUGAUCCGUAGCGUGCUCAGUAACAUGUGGGAGAUGGAGCAGUACCUGCGGCAGGUGGAUGACAUCAACUGGACCGUGGUGCGCCCGCCGGGUCUCAAGAACCUCCCAUCCUCAGCCUUGGAGUUCCUGACGCACGAGGGCUACUUCGUGCCCAACCAGGACGGGCACCCAGCAGGGAGCGCUAUGGGACGAGGCGAUGUGGCUCGCUUCAUGCUGUCGCUCCUCAACAACAACGCUUGGGUGCAGAAGGCAGUGGCCAUCACCACCAAAUGAGAGGCAGCCACGAACACAGCUUAGUACAUAACACUGGCUAAUCAUUCAUAUUGGUUUCUCAUGUAUAAAAAGUAGGGCUCCAGUCUGGUUUCUCUUAUUGUGCUUGCAGCUAUGUGCAAUGAUCAUUUUAGCUAUACAUGGGGCAGGAAAAAGCCAAUAGGAAUAAAAAAAAAAAUACAUAGUACACUUACUGGUGUUUCUUGUUGGUUUGAUUUGAACUUUUUACAUACCCCACUCUCAAAAAGUUCCGGUUUUGGGGUUUUCAAGGAUUCAAGGAGUUUAAUUGUCAUACCAACACACAUGUACACAUGAUAUGGCACAAACUUUGAUAGCGAAGGUCCUAGAUUAGCCCAAUAAAUCUCCAAACCUAAAAUGCACUAUAAGCUUUAAAAGUGAACUUAAUUGGACCUUUUCUAAACUUUUGAAGGCACAUUUUCAGUGUUUCAGUACUUUUUGCACCACUUGCUGUUCUAUAACAAGGACCUGAAUGGCAAAAUUCACAAUUAUAUUUUUCUAUUUCAAAAGACAUCCACUUCCAUGCCUUUAUGUGACUCUUCCAAUCUAUUUGUUGCAACCUCUGUGACACUCUAAGCUCAGAGGUCACUUCCCUCUGAGAGCAUCCUGUUUGCAACCUCACCAUUGAGCUUGUGUGUGAGCUUGAACUUGGCAAAUAAAGAUGAUUCUGAUUCUGAUUCACACCA